CUGCCAUUAACGUCCGCCUUGAGACGGAGAAAGCAAAAGAAAGAACCAGACAAUGCUUCUACGUGGCAUAAUCUCUAAUCCUCUUCCCUCUCUCCAUCUCAAAACCCCUCUUCGUCUCCGCAACUUCACCGCCACCAUCACUAACAAAUACUCCAUCUCCGAUGAGGACCUUGAGUCUCGAGGCUUCCUCCUCCGUCGCACCUUCUCCGACCUUAAUCUCAACCACCUCAACUCCAUCUUCGUGGCAGUCGGGUUUCCCAAGCGUGAUCCAGAGAAGAUCAAAGUGGCAUUGGAGAACACGAACUCGCUUCUCUGGGUGGAGCACAAGAAAAGCCAGAAACCAGUGGCAUUUGCUAGAGCCACAGGGGACAAUGUGUUCAAUGCCAUCAUCUGGGAUGUAGUGGUGGACCCUUCGUAUCAGGGGAUUGGAUUAGGGAAGGCUGUGAUGGAGAGACUUGUAGAGGAGCUGUUAGAGAAAGGGAUUGUCAACAUUGCUUUGUAUUCGGAGCCUCGGGUUCUGGGCUUUUACAGACCCUUGGGUUUCGUGGCGGAUCCGGAUGGAAUCCGAGGGAUGGUCUACUCCAGAAAACAGAGAAAAAAGAAGUAAAAUUUGAUUACUUUCAAGUUUUUUUUUUCUUGAUUAUUAUGUUAUUUAGUGAUGUAGAUUUCGAACACUGCUUUACAAUGGACAUUGGUUUAAUUUAAAGCAUUACCCAUCUCUUUAUCUGAAUAAAUAUCACAUUUCUACUUAGAA